AUGGGCGAGCACAGCACAGGAAGCGUAGGACGCGCAACAGCACAGGGAGGCGAGGACGCGCGCACAGCACAGGGAGCGAGGACGAGCCACACCACAGGGAGCGAGGACGAGGCACACCACAGGGAGCGAGGACGCACACAGCACAGGAGCGAGAGGGAGCGAGGACGCGCACACCACAGGGAGCGAGGACGAUGCACACCACAGGAGCGAGGACGCACACAGCACAGGGAGCGAGAGGGAGCGAGGACGCGCACACCACAGGGAGGAGGGACGAGCACACACAGGAGCGAGCACGCGCACACCACAGGGAGCGAGCACGCGCACAGCACAGGGAGCGAGGACGCGCACAGCACAGGAGGGAGCACGCGCACACCACAGGGAGCGAGGACGAGCACACCACAGGGAGCGAGGACGCGCACAGGAGACGGACGCGCACAGCACAGGAGCGAGGACGCGCUACAACACAGGAGGAGCGAGGACGGGGGGGACAGACAGGGAGGAGGGGACAGCACAGGAGCGAGACGCGCAAGCAAGGGGGAGCCGCGCAAGCACAGGAGCGAGGACGGACCACGGGAGGAGACGGGACCAAAAGGGAGGAGGAGCACACAGGAAGGGGAGAGGGAGCGAGGACGCGACCAGGGAGGGGACAGCACACCACGGGAGGAGACGCCCCAGGACAAGCAAGGGAGGAGGACGGACACCAAGGGAGCGAGGAGAGAAACCCCAAGGAGCGAGGACGGCACACACAGGGAGCGACACCAGGGAGCGAGGACGCGACAGCCCGGAGGAGACGCGCACACACGGAGCGAGGACGAGCACACCAAGGGGGCGAGGACGCCACAGACAGGAGCGAGACGCGCACAGCAAGGGAGCGGGCAGCACAGCACAGGAGGGCACGGCACCACAGGGAGCGAGGGCGGCACAGCACAGGGGCAGGACGAAGGGGGAAACACAGGGAGCGAGCACGGCACACACAGGGGGGACGAGCAAACAGGGGCGAGGACGGACACACAGGGGGGACGCGCAGCACAGGGAGCCACACCAGGACGAGGGCGCACAGAAGGGGCGAGACGCGCACACACGGGAGGAGACGGCACAGCACAGGAGCGCAAGCACAGGAGGAGGACGCACACAAAGGAGCGAGGGCGCGCACAGCAAGGGGGCGAGGACGGCACACCCCAAAGGGGGCGAGGACGCGGCCCGCACCGGGAGAGGGGAGACAAAAAGGAGGCGCGACAGCACAGGGAGGACCGCCAGCAAGGGAGCGGGACGGCAACCACAGGAGGAGGAGAGCACACACAGGGAGCAGGACGCACAGACAGGGGCGAAAGGGCGAGACGCGCACACACAGGAGCGAGGACGGCACACCACGGGAGCGAGGAGACCCCAGCACAGGGAGGGAAGAGGGAGCGAGGACGCAAACCAAGGGAGGAGGACGGCACACAAGGGAGGAGGACGGCCACACAGGGGAGCACUCCCACAGCACAGGGGCAGACG